AUGCGGGUAGAUCGACGAUAUCCGGAGGUGGGCGACGUCGGCUGUGGUGAUCUUGCUGUAACUGUUGUCGUUGGAGCAGCAGCGGUAUCCACUGAAGUCGGUGAUGUGACGGUAGGUGUAUCCAGUGACGGUUCCAAUGGCACAUCCAAAGCGUUGCUCAGUUCAGGUACUGCUUCCGGCGAAACACGUGGAAUUAGUUGA